AUGGGAGCCAUUGUAGGCAAAUGCCGGGAUUCAGACAGACCACGAUCACUCUCUACGAGUAUAACUCUCCGUGCGGGUUCCGUGCAUGGUGUUGGCAACAACUCCAAUCACACAGCGAUGAAACCGUCAUCUAUGGUCCCUGAUUACAAUGCGCGUGGGGUGCACUUGAAGAGAAAAACUGUACCAACAGCUGCAACCGCAACAGCCGCACAGGCAUCACCAACAUCCCCAACAAUACCAACAAUAACAAGAAAUGAUGAAAUAGUGGAAAGUGAAGUGCGUGUAAAGAAGGUAACGGCACCGGUAUCGGUACCUUUAGCAGUCCCACUUAGUAGCUGUCUUGUUGAAUCCAAGUACACGGCGAACUCUGGACGAACAAUCUCAUUAACAAUUGAUCCACCACAAGAAGUCAAAAAACAGACAAAAAGGGCACAAACGAAUGAAGGAGCUCCAGCUAUUCCCGUUACGGCAUUAUCUAGUGAUGAAACGUUUGAUCUUCAGUCUGAUGGAAGUAUUGGCUUUGGUAAUGAUGGACCAUCAGCAUUUGGUCCCUUACAGAGUGAGAGUGGUAUGUUAACAUCCAAAAAUCCCGAAUCUUCUGCGGCUAAUGGUAAAGGAACAUCCAAUCCUAAUGAUAAUGAUGAUGGAGCUGCGGCUGUCAAAGGUGCUAAUUCUCUUAUGGAAUGUAGUUUUGAUUCCAAUAUACCCAUGGGAGAUGGACGGAGUAAAAAUAGAAGAAGAAGCAGUAAUAGUAUUAGUAUUGGAACUAGCACUGGUGCUGUUGGAUUCAAAGGGAAUAUCUCGCCGUUUCUUCCCUUUUUGGCGGCCCAUCAAGCCGAUGAAAGAAGUGCGAAGAGUUUUGUGGAUUACAUCACACAACACGCCCUCUUCUUGCGAGGAUCACGUGAUGUGACGUGGUUUAAUGUGGACUUCACGCGGGCACAACUGCGAAGACGCACACGUGAGGCGAUGAUUAGUUUUCAUCCACUAGAGGAGAUUGCAUAUAAUGACUUGGAUGUCUCUCAAACAGAUGCGGCGGAGGCUUCCACAACGAAUAUCAUCACAUCCGCCGCCGCAACACCAAACACAGAAUCACUCGGCGUUUCUAAAAGUCAACAACCACCACAGCAACAACAACAUCAACAACGGCAUAGACAGAGACAGCGACAAGAAGAGGAAUCACUCUCUACAGUGAGAUCUCGUGUUAGGCCUAUUAUAUCACCUGGUGUACCACAUCAGAAGCAGCUGGCGAAGAAAGCUCUAGAGGACAAUGUUAUCUUUAUUCACUCCCGCUCACCAAAGUUUUUUUAG